AUGUCCGUUCCUAUCGAACUGGACCGUGUGACUCCUCGUGGUGAUAUUCCUUCGAUCGGCUCUGGACAAGAUAGGGAAGGUCUUGGAUCUGACUACUAUGAGUCAAUACGACCAUAUCUGCGCUAUCCAGCUUUCACUUCUCAGCCAGAGAAGUCCGAUAUCUAUGUUUUCGACAGCUCACACCAGGAGAAGACUUAUUCGUCAAUAUGCUGUCAAAACUCUCUGCGGCCCUCCGGCAUUACCGAACAGGCCCUGCGCAAGCUCAUGAGUCAAUACGACAUUGAUACUUCAUUUUUGGACCUUGUGGUUUCGUUUGGCGAUAAACCACGUAGCUCUGAUGCUGGCCAUGGAGGUAUGAACGUGAAGCAGAAAGAAGAUGGCGUGUGCGAUAUGCAUUAUCUCUUCACCUAUGCAGAAGAUGAUAACAGAGGAGGAAUCGCCUCGUGGAGAAUCCGCCAAGUCUGUAUCUUUCAUCGAUAUGACCCGUCGGGAUCGGGGAACCUCUGGAUUUUAGUUCACGCAAAACCUCAAUCGAAGCUCCAGCGUCGAAUAGAACAGAUGCUAUCGACAGACCCUGCAGCUCUUCUUAGACAGUGGUUCUCUAUGCAUCUGCUUGUUCUUUCCACUUACCUAGGCAAUUGGCGCUGGUGCAUUCGAACACUAGGUGAUGAGAUCGAAAAGACUGUGAAUCUAGCACUUACUCUGGACCUUUCAAAACCCCGAACAGAGGACCACAAGAACGGACUUGUCCACCUCCUCAAACAGCAGUACCUGGAAGAUAAACUCGCCCCGCUGGCUUCUCGGUUGGGUGUUGCUUUGACAACGCUGCACCGCUUAGAGAAGAUCAAUUCACUCUUCCUUUCCCAGGGAUUCUCAACUGAUAAAGAGUUCCAGACUGUGGCGGAUGAUCUAACCUAUCAUAUAACAUCUCUUGAGGGAAACCUGGAAAGUGUUAAUGUGCUGGAACGAAAAGUUCGGGGCAUCUCAGAUCUGCUGGCAGUUACCUUGACUGUGGAAAACCAAGCUGUAACGAUAGACAUUAGCAACAAGAUGCUCGAUCUCAACAACAAGCUUCUCAAGCUCACAGACGAGUCGUUAGAUGGGAAUGCCACGAUUCGAAUCGUGACUCUGGUGACCUUGAUAUAUCUGCCGGCCAGCUUUAUCUCUCUUGGUGUCCGCGGAGCUUCAUCUAGCGACUUCCCGACCCCGUGGGGAAGAAUGGAAUGGUCAUUUCGACGUUAUCCACCUCCUGAACUCCAAAGAGAGCUUUUAGCACAAGUGAGGAAUGCCAUCCAAUCCUCCAACUCUGGAGCAGAGCGUUUCGCGCCUCGCGACAGCCUAGCGAGGAUUUGGACCCCGGAGAUGCUCCGGAGAUUCUUCCACCAUGACCUUUUCUCGCGGCAAUCGUUUAUUCAAGAUAUCCGGGAAAACUUCUUACAGACAAUAUCGAUUCUGAUCUCUGUCAACUGGGAUGACUGGUCGCAGUUUGAUGAGAUCCUUUUCUCACAUCGGGGGUCUGAUGGAACGCUGGAUCGGACCGAUCACAGCAUUCGACACUAUACUCUACAGACCCUGACCAGCGAGAGAUUUCUAGGCCCAGUGUUCGGAUCCCUGUUCUUCGAUACUCGCUAUGUUUUCUGUCCGAUAGAUAUUGAAGAAGGUAGCAAUUUGAGUUUCGAGGAUGGCUGGAGAUUACCGUUUCUUCCAGCAGAAUCCCAACUUCGCGGAAGUGGAGGGUUUGGACGGAUCACCAGGGAAGUGAUCGCUGCGAGACAUUAUUACCCCUCUGGGAAUGAUAUGACCGACGUCGAGGUUGCUCGCAAACUCUUCAGGUCCAAGCUAGACUACGAUCGAGAGAGAUUAAACCUUGAGAGGAUUCGAGAUAGCGUCGCCCAGCACAGGCGCAUCGUUCUCCCUAUUGCGACGGUUACCAUCGGACACCAGUUCAACAUUCUUUUCCCCCUCGCGAAAAUGGACCUCAAGAAAUUCCUUGAGGGUGGACUGAUUUCCCCGGAGCAGUGCGACAUGAACGAACUGAUAGACGAAGCGACACAUCUGGCAGAUGCGCUAGACCACCUGCAUAAUCGACUAGGCGUCUUCGUUCGGGGAUACCACAUGGAUCUGAAGCCCGCCAACAUCCUGGUUUAUGGGCACCCUGAGCCCCAAAGACAGCAUGGGGUUGGGAAAUGGAUGAUCACCGACUUCGGUCUCUCAAUCAUCGAACGCCUAGACUGGCGAGAUAGCACUGAUGGCCUUCCUAGGGAUCCUGACACUGAGACGAUGACCCGGCUACAGCGAAUGGAAGGCACCUAUCAGGCACCGGAGGUUUGCGCCGGCCGUGGAAUAAGUCGACGAAGCGAUGUCUGGUCAUUUGGAUGCGUCUUGGUCCGGGUCUUCGCCUUUAAGCUGGACGGGAUCGAGGGACUUCAGAGGUUGGAUGAACUCCGUCAGAAGAACGACGACGGGGUUGGGCUUUAUCACGAUGACUACUUCGCUCGAGGAGACCCGCCGGUCCUCAAUCCGCAUAUCGAGAACUGGAUCAAGAACCUACCACAUCACCGUCGAGCUUACAGUGACGAGUUCCUUCGCAAUUGUGCAGAAUUACUUUUAUCUAUGCUGAAAAUUAACAAGAACGAUCGGCCGGAUGCAAAUAAAGUCAAGGAUGCCCUAGGGAGCCUCAAAGUUGCUCUUCACAGGCCCCUCCGACCCGCGUCCUCGCUGGAGUCGACUUCGGAAUACCAAUCCGAAGGACUGGAUUCCUUUCAAUCGCGAAGCUCGUCCGUGUCCGAUCCGCUGUCCCAGACUACAUUCGGUCUCGACCUGGGCCUCGCCAUCAUAACGGAGAACUUGGUUGAUGAAAUAAAGAGAAACGACCUAGGUGGCGUUGAGAGAGUUUUGGGUCAGAAUGUACACAUUGACAAGCCCGAUAAGGACGGAAACACACCCCUAGGAAUUGCCGUCACUCUGGGAAACGAGACAGUUGUUCGGCGUCUGCUCGAGGCCAACGCCAGUGUCGAUGCAAGGGACGCAAAGGGUAAAACACCCCUGAUGAUAGCAGUACGCAACGGUGACACCAAGAUGGCUCGACUGCUGUUGGAGAGGCAUGCAGAUUGUACGGUCUACUCGGAUGAGGGACUCACGUGUCUUCAUUAUGCGACCUGGGAUAACGUCAGUGUGAGACUUCUUCGACUGUUAAUUCCACAGUUUCAGUCCGUCGGCGUCGACAUUCCGACAGAAGGGCCCGAGCAGGAGACACCCCUGAUGAUGCUAAUCAAGCACUUUGUCGAUAACGAUUCGUGCGAAGACAAGUUCAAGGCCUUAGUUGCCGCCGGCGCAAACGUCAACCGACCCAAUGGAUUCCAAACAACGCCGCUGCGAUGUGCCGUGAGUGAGAACUCCAUCAGAGCCGCCAAGUUGCUUAUUGAGAACAACGCCGAGCAGGAAGAUUUCUCUACGGUCCCCAGCAAAAAACGCGCCAUGACCAAGUUGUUGGAAAGGGCUUGGGCGCCACGACGGCUGAGUGUUGAUAGUGUGGAUUUGGAAUGGACCUGCGCUCAGCCAGUCGAGAUGUUCGGACCUCCUUACUGGAUCACAGACAAAGGUGUCGAUCAAUUGGAUCCAGCAGAAUAUGACGCAAUCCGACAGGAAUUUAUGGAAGCCCUGACGACGGAAGAAGAGAGUUUUCGCAGUACUUUUGGGACAUCCCAGCUACGUCUCUCGGAGUUCAUGAAACGGUCUUGGGAAACAGGAGCUUUCUGGUAUUCACUGGCUCUCUCAAGCCCUUCAGGACUUUUUACGAUAUUUAGCAAGCAUAUCAGGCCUCUAUUUUGCAAAGACAAUGAGGAGGAGUUCCAGUCGGUGAUGCCGUUUUUCUUCGAAAAGAACAUUGGAUAUAUUGCAGGUCGCAAACUGGCGGACAGAGAAGAAUAUGACAAGAACCUCCGACAAGCUUUCGAAGACGACUCAGACUGA